AUGGCCCUUUACUCGAUCCGCCACAUGUCGGCGACCCUUGACUCACUGAUGCAGCAGGCAGUGCGCAAGCCGGCGCUCCGCCUCCUGAUCCAGGCUGUAAUCGUCCUGGUAGUGGUGGACGCGCUGUGGCAGGGCGACAGGAACGACGAGACGAGCCCCAGAGUGGACUCCGUCUCGAAUGGUGGAUCCGACUCCACCAUGAUGUUGCAGACGUCCGUCGUCACAUCACCGACGUGGUCCAUCGGCUCGUACGCGUCCGUGGAGGCCAUUGCGGUGCUCAUGCUCUUCCCGCUGUUCGCGUCCAACUGGGGCUUCUUGGAUAAGAAGAAGAGUGACACGUCGGCGACCAAGAGGAGGAACCAGAGGCGCGAGCAGCCGGAGCAAGGCCACCCGCAGCGGCCCCGCCACGGCGCGGCCAGGGGCGGCCCCCAGGAGCGCGGCGACGCGCCGCCCGCCGAGGCCGCCUGCGCGCGCCAGCCCGGCAGGCCGGCGGCGGCCCUGCCGCGGCUGUCCAGCGCCCACGAAGCCAGUGGCGAGUUCUGGCGCUCUGAGCAUUGA